AUGCUGAACAGAUUUCUAGGCCCGAGCUACCAGGAACUGGCCAAAAACUGGGUCCUCACAGCCAGCCUAUGGGGCACUGUGGGUGCCGUGGGGCUAGUGUGGGAGAGGUGGCUGAUCCUAGGCUGAGUGCCUUCUAUUAACGGUGAGUUUAAGAAGGACAAUUAG